AUGUCAAGGCUACUUAAGGGGUUCGGUACACCUAAGCAAGGUAAUAACAACAAUGCUUCCAAGGCUACCUCCAGCAGCGGCGGCCCAAUACGUCCAUCGCCUUCAUCGAACCCAUCCAAUUACGGUGAACCGCCCGAAACUCCCGAUCUAUCACUCACGACAACCAAUCCAAACAACCUUACUCCCAUCAACAACAGAAUCGCACCUGGUGUUAGAACAGGAUUAGGACUGAACAACAAGGAGAUAGAAAAAGAGUUAUUAUUCGGUUUAGAGAAUUUCGGUAAUACAUGUUAUUGCAAUUCGGUCAUUCAGGCUUUAUAUUCUUGCGAAGCAUUUAAGAGGUUUGUCGAAUCUUACCCUGAUCCGAAACCACCUUUGAUGCCUCUCGCUCCAUUACCUGGUAAAGGAGAUAAACCCACUUCACCCAUUCUGAACGGUGGUGGACCGAUUAGUCCUCAACUAUCUCGAGGAGGAGGGAAUCCAUUUGAUUCUUCGGGUCCGACAUCACCUAAUCCAGGAGGGAAAGAGAAAAGAUCUUGGACGAGUCUAGGUAGAAGACCAACGAUUUCGACCGGGCCUUCUGGUGGUGGUGCUGGAUUGGCAGGAGGUAGUGCAUCAGUACCUGCUCUUAACGCAUUACAACAAAAUCAAUUAGGUUCGCCGGAGUUAGAUGAACAAUAUGCGAAUUGGAAAGCUCCCAUACCUGAUCCAAACCAAUCUCCACCAAGUGUAUUUCAAACGAUCCAAACGUUGUUCUAUCACUUGACCAACUCACCUCCUCAUCUCUCUCUACCGAAAAAAGAGAAUAAAGAUGCCAAUGCUCAAACCGCAUCAUUGUUACCUGGUGCGCCUGCUCAACCCGAAAAUCCACAAGGUGGAGCAGCACCAGCCGCUACUCCAGGAGGUAACCCAGCUGUACCUCAGGGUCCACCAUUGCUGGCGUCCCUCCCACCUCCGUCGGCGGCUAGGGGAGGAGGCCCAUGGCAGGCUGGUAAACUCGGACGAGGGGUGGUCACACCUGAGGAUCUACUUAGAACAGUCAAGAGGGAGAACGACAUGUUUAGAGGAAUGAUGCAGCAGGAUGCUCACGAGUUCCUGGGUUGGCUGUUAAAUCAAAUUGCGGAGGAGAUUGAAAUUAUCGAUAAGAAUUUGAAGAAGGUUAAUGGGCAAGAACCUGUCAAAACUCCUGGAAAGACUUUCAUACAGAGUUUGUUUGAAGGGAUUUUGACCAAUGAGACGAGAUGUCUGAGCUGUGAAACUACCUCAUCCCGUGAUGAACUUUUUUUAGAUCUGUCCAUCGAUAUAGAACAACAUACGUCCGUAACACACUGUUUGAGACAAUUCUCAGCUAGUGAGAUGUUAUGUCAGAAAAAUAAGUUUUACUGUGAUUCAUGUUGUGGUUUACAAGAAGCUGAGAAGAGAAUGAAGAUCAAGAAACUCCCAAAUAUCCUUGCUUUGCAUCUAAAACGAUUCAAAUAUCAAGAAACGACGGGUAGAUAUGCGAAAUUGUUUUACAGGGUGCCGUUCCCUACUCAACUUAGAUUGCCCAAUACGACGGAUGAUAUGGAGAACCCCGAUAGGUUGUAUGAGCUUUUCUCGGUGGUGGUACAUAUUGGAAACGGCCCGCACCACGGUCACUACGUCACCCUCGUCCGAUCCAAGGGACGAUGGAUAAUGUGCGACGACGAGAAUGUCGAACCCAUAAACGAUGAUGAUCUAUUUAGAUACUUUGGUGAUUAUCCAUCUGGAGCUGGAUACGUCCUAUUCUAUCAGGCCGUUGAUAUGGAUUUGGCAAGUUUGGGAUUAAAAGUUCCUGAACCUGAACCAGUAUCUGAACCAACACCCCAGCCGGUUGAAGUUAAGGCUCAGAAAACGAUGCCAAUGCCAACGGCUUUCAUCCAACCUCAACCUAAAUCCACACCGCUCAGCGAAGUGAAAGAAGAUCACUUGAUCGAUUUCUCGGAUAAUACCAUUCCUGAGGAAACUUCCGCAGGUGUAUCAACACCAACAAAGAAAAAACCUCCCCCUGCUCCACCUUCCAGAAGAGCUUCGACCAACAUACCGCCUUCUCCCGUAACGCCCAUCAGUCCCGACGCAGCUGCUACCAAAAUAGUCUCCUCCACACGGCGCGGCUCGAUCAGUUCGACCAAUGGUGCCACUCAGAUAUCAGGUGAAAGCACUCCGACAGGUACACGACGAAAUUCAAAUGUCACUCCUCCUGUCCCACCGCCUUCAAGGGGUUUGAGCAAAUCGAACGUGAACGGUACCACUUCACCAUCAAACGUGAAUGGAUCAACGACGUUUAGCGGACUCGGUGUGAGUGUACCUAACGCUUUACAUGGGAAUAACGCAGAGGGUGUACUGGGUGUACCUAACGGUAAUGCAAAUGCAUUAUCUUCUUCGGUGCAUUCGACUGCAUCCGGAUCGACCAACACCUCUUCAGUACCUAAUUCGACCAGUCUUGCUAAACCCAUCGCAUCGUCUUUAUCCCCCACACAAAAUCAAGUACAGCCAAGUUCGAUCUCCUCUUCUGUAUCUUCCAAUAACCUAGGUCGAAAGAUUUCCAUGUCAGGAAGGGAUCGUACUGUAUCUGGAUCAUCCCAGAAUAGUUCAGCCCAGGGAGGUAACUAUGCAGGAGGAGGUAGUUUAGGUAGGAAAUUGAGUGGGAUGUCUGGGAAAUUGGGUAGAAGUGGAUCAAUGGCUUUUGGGAAAUUGGGAAUUGGCAAGAAGGAUAAAGAAAAGAGUCCAUGA